AUGCGCUGUGUCACCCCUCGAGGGAGAAACGUAUUCCAGCUAUUAUACAACACAAAGCGACCAACUUGCUCUCUGCUGCUUCUUGUUGACAGGAGAAUGAUGCCGAAUCAAAUACACGAAGAGGAGCAAGCCUCCGCGGCACAAUACCACCGACACCCGAAGAGAUUGAUAUUUGCACCGGGUGAUAUUGCUGCUCCUCCAUCAGAGGCUGCGGGAUCAGCGCAGAAGCUUGCCGCCAUGCCGGAAGACUUCGCCAUCAGCCCUCUACCAAAACGCUUAUUAGUACCAGACGAGCCAAUUACCUCUGGCACGUCUACGCCAGUUGCCAACGCGGCAGUUCUAUCGAGUGCAUCUCGAGCACACCAGUUCGGUACCAACCCACCCCUACUUUACUCCCAUCUUCACUUGAACCCACUACACCAAUUCCACACCUGGUUCAAAGAUGCAAGACUGCCCGCAUCCAGUGCGCCAGAGACAUGCACAUUAGCUACUGUCAGCAUGCCCACCGGCCGUCCUAGCGCACGCGUUGUGUAUCUGAAGGAACUCGACGAGCGAGGAUGGGUUGUAUACAGUAACUGGGGAAGUCGAGCCGGCAAGGGCGGACAGGUCUUUGGAAACGACAGGGACGGAGACGGUGAAGCCAUGGCUCUUUUUGACGGAUCUGAUCCCCAGCUGAAGGAAGGAAACAAAUGGGCUGCGCUGACGUUCCAUUGGCAGAGUGUCGAACGUCAGGUUCGGAUUGAAGGACUAAUUGAGCCGCUUUCAAAGGAAGAGAGCGAGACUUACUGGCGUGUGCGUGAGAGGGGAAGCCAGAUCGGCGCCUGGGCAAGCCAACAGAGUAAACGGCUCUGGUCAAAUGACGAGCCUGGUGCUGGGGAAGGAGAAGACGAUGGACGGGCUGUUCUCGAGAACCGAGUGAAGGAGAUGGAAGCCCGGUUCGCGGACGUCAAGGAGAUUCCACUACCGCCGUUCUGGGGCGGAGUUCGACUUGUUCCAGAGUCGGUAGAGUUCUGGCAAGGUAGGAAGAGCAGGUUGCAUGAUCGCUUCAGGUAUGUGAGGCAACACAGUGCGGAUGAGACUGAUGGCAAUGAGAAGACCUUCAAGUGGAAAAUAGAAAGACUCUCCCCAUGA